CCAACUGGUGAGUAUCAUCGCGUAGAUCCGGACCAUUUUCAUAUCGUUCAUAAAAAAAGGUGCAUGUACCUUGCUGUGGCGCUAAUCAUUAUAAUUGCGAGUUUGGUCAAACUCCAAUGCCGAGAUGCUCCACCUAAAGGCUAUAUUGUGUCUGAUAAGCGUCGUCGGGAUCAUGGGAUCGCGCCCCCCUGGUUCUUUUGGGGGAGAGGACCGCUACAUGCUUACCGAAGCGUGGCUACAUGAGGUCGUAGACCGCAUGGGGAGGGACAUCAAAGACGCCGCUACCUCCUUCCUUGAUUACACCCCUCGCCAGCGUCACUAUAGUCUACUAAACGCUAACGACGAUGAUGAUCAGGAACAGAUUGACUACGAGUCCCUUAUUGAGAGCAACCCUAGUCCCAGCCUACGCGAUCAGGAGCUUUUGCAACACAGUUCUCUCUGGGGUCACCAAUUUGUAACUGGUGGCGCUGGUGAAGGCGUCAAUCGCCAAAUGAUCAAAACUGAUGCAGUGCUGCCAGCUUAUUGCAACCCACCUAAUCCUUGCCCUGUUGGUUACAAUGAAGAUCAGGGCUGCAUAAAAAAGUUUGAGAACACAGCAGUCUUCAGCCGUGAAUACCAACUGUCACAGCGAUGCAUGUGCGACGGUGAACACAUGUUCAGCUGCCCCAACGAGCCGUCAGACCUGGAUAUCCACUUCCCUGACCAUAAGAACCUCGUCGCUAAGAAAUUCAUUGACGAAGUUAGUGCAUCCUAUUUAUUUCAACAAAUUAAAGCCAUCUUUCAAUUUAUGGGUGAAUUAAUGGCGGCCCGUCGAAAACACCCAGCCUGUUAUUGCGCCUAUUGAACACAAUUUUCUAUGAUUUUCGCUAUUUAUUUUUAUCUAAAUAUGUUUACAUUUAGGUCAAACCUGUGGUAGCAUAAGGGUCAUUGGGAUAAUACUCAUAUUAUAUAAUGUUUUAGGUGGAGAAUCCUUUUUUAUUUGGUGAACGUCUACCUAUAGCUGCGAAAAAGGGAUUCGAUGUACAUGUCUACUAAAUAUAACUUUUAUAGUAAUUGUCGGACUCCUGAUAUAUUUUGUGAGUCGUUCAGACAUAAUAUCGGUUAAAUAUAUUAUGUGCAGUUUAUAUAAGUCACGUUAAUUUUUAACUCGAAAAAAAUUUUUAAUUAUUAUUUAUUUAUUUAAUUUGCCGGUUUAAAUGUUUAAAUGGAAAAGGGAAGAUACUUCCUAAUUACAUAAGCACUGUAGUAAUAUAGGCUGUUUCUGUUUUAUAUAGGUAACAGAGGAACAAACUGUACUUAUAAAUCUUAAUAUAUCCAUAGAAAUAUAUCAAGGAGUCGCAAUUAGUGUUUCUAAUAGUGUUUACUGUCUUAAGAUAAGAUAUAAAAUUUUAUUGAUGUCUAUAAAAGUCCUAGCAACCUCAUGGAAUAAUUAAUUUAGGAAGAUAUUUUAAUCAUCUUUAUAAAAGCCUUUUUAAUAAUUUUAGCCUUAUGUAAUAAUUUUACAAGAUACAGUUUAUUUUUACUCGCUAUUGUUUAAACUAAGAUUCAUCUUCAAACUACAUACAUAUAAUGAACUAAUUUUCGUUUUUUUUAAUUUUUGCUAGAUUGUGAAAUGUAAAAAUGCGGCGAUCAACAUUUAAUAGAAUAUUUAAAUUUAAGAAAACUCUAGGCCACAGCUGAGCAAACGUUAAAGUCAUUAAAUAUUAGAAAUGGGCGUCUUUAAUUAUUGUACAGAAUAUCGUAAUGCCACCCCAUGGUAGUUUAGGAUAAGAAAAUUGUAUAUUUUGGGCACGGGAAAAUUAAGUAUAGAUUAAAUAGGAGGUAAGAAAAAAACAAGCUGUUUGAUUGAUAUAAAUAGAAAAAUAAUAAGUACUAAUAGUUUUACGGACAAUUUUUUUUUACUAGUUGAAGGGAGUUAUCCGUAAAAUUACACGCGUACGUCUAGUUUUACAGGAUUUAAACGCGUUUAAUUAUAACCACUUAAACCUUAAUUAAAUGACGGACCGUUUGCGUCUGUCAUUAAAUUAAAUAUUUAGUUGAAAAUAAUUAAACGCCCUUAAAUACGUUUAUAAUCUUAUAAUAAAUUUCUAUUUAUAUGUUCUAUAGUUCAUGUGUCAUUUUUCUAGUCCUCUUUAACUGAAUAUUUGUCAGCUAAAAUUUGUAGGUAUUUAUAUUUUUAUCUCACACUUCAUAUUCGUCAGUAAAAUUAAUUAAAACAAAAAAUUAUAUAUGUGCUAAGUCAAUGUGAGCUCUCUUCUGUACAACCUUAUACUUUACAUAAAUUCUAGCUUAUUGAAUGAUAUACGCACAUACAAUAAUUAAGUUAUAUGUAAGUAGAUCAGUUAUACACAUGUAACCAGUUAUUCUAAAUGAUUUAGUAAUUUCAGUAUGUAAUACUAUUUAUAAUAUAUAAUUAUAAUAAGGAUAUAAUUCCCAUGCAAUGGGCGUAAACCAAUGGACGGCAUUAGUUAAGGUAAAUAUGGGAGGGACUAAAUAAAAUGUAAAGGCAAACUUGUUUUUACCCCAUUAAUUUUAAACCUAGGAUUAAAUUAAUAAUAAUAAUAAAAUUAGGGCUUCGGAAACUGAUUUGAUGUAACACGGAAUAGUCGUAUAAUGAACCUUACUGAUUUGUUAUAAGGUACAGUACACGCUGAUCCAUGUAUAUCAAAUACAGUGUGAAGCAUAUAUGCACGUGAAAUAAUCACGUUAGGUAGGUAAAGGAAUGUACAUAAAUUUCCAAAGUGAAAUGAGCGUCGAAAAAGAGAAAUAACGUAGAUACUUUAAUCCGAAUAAAAUAGUAGUAUAUUAUUAUAAACAUAUAGUAAACUUAUUGAUAAUUUGAUUAGAAUUUAAUUUCGUUAUUUUUAAUUGCAUUAUAUUAAAAAUGGUAUUUUUGUAAUAAAAGACAAAAAUGAAAAAAAAAAUAUUAUAAGGUCUAUUAACUAAUCAACAUUGCUAUACGAUGAUUAAGUUUCGUAUUUCGUGGACUGUUUGAAAAAACAAAAGCACGCUAUACAAAAAUUUGUAUGCAUUAAUAUUUAUUAACUUUAGCUCGUAAUAUUUAUAAUUUAAUGUUUAAUUUGUUUUGUAAAUAAUGUUUGAGCGAGCUCAGAAGUGCAUUCUGUCUAAGGUAUUAACUUAUAAAUUAUAAUUAACCUACGUAUUCAAAAAGCUAUAUGUAUGUUAGGCUCGAAAUGACGUGGUGUAAUGUAGUAUAUUUAAUGUAUAUAGAAAAUAUUCCUAGGUAUAAAACAGUGAAAAUUGAGUUAUAUUUAGUAAUGCUAUGUAAUUUAUUUAUGUGUAUUUGUUUCAUAAUACCCUGGAUAUGUGUCUUCCUUAGUGUUAACAAGAAUAUAGAUAGUUUAUAACAGAUUUCUACAAGUUGUAUAUUCUGAUACUUAUUGAAUUUGGGUAAUUUUCAUCACGCCCGUAUCACCCUGGGAAACUAAAUGUUUUAUACGUAUAUAAAGAACUUUGACGUAAACUUUUAGUAUAUUUGAUCAGAUUUAUUACUUUCUUUCUGAAUAUUCAAUGAAUUUGUUACAUUUUUAUAUACCACACUGCAUUACGUCCAUCAUUUUUAUUUCUCGGUUUAUGCUCAUGUCUACAUAAGACGAAACGAUGACAAAGUUUCAUCAUCGGACGUCGAGGCAGAAUACGAAAUUCCACCGUAUCACCUCGACGUCCGCCGUUCCACAACUGCGCGUUUCUCGAGGCAGUUUUUGCCGCGCAUCACCACUUUGUG